AUGGGGGUUUGGCAAAAGCUAUUCUGGAUGCAGCAGGACGUAAACUCCAAGAUGACUGCAAUCAGAUUAUCAGGAAAGAUGGAAAAUUGUCCACUGGAGAUUCAGUAA